ACAAAAAAUAGAAGUUGAAACAAAUGUUAAUUGGAAAAGCGUAAAAAUUGUAAUUUUUCCAAUUAUAUCGAAAUUUUUUUUAAUGUAUAUGAAUAGCCUAAAGAAGCAAAUGCCUCCCUACCCAAGUUUUGAAAGAAUAAAAUAUACAAAAAAAGAAUUAUUGCAUUUAUCAAAAUCUUCUCUCGCACAAAUUAUUCCUGAUUGUUUUCUUCCUAAUAAUUAUAAUGGAGAAGUUCCUCUGCGAAAUUCAAAGAAAUAUGAUUUAUUUAAACCUAGUUAUCAUAAAAAGUCAUAUGAUUUAAAUCAUGGUGACUACAAUGAAGAUCUGAAUAUAGAUGCAAGGCAUGAGCAUGCUAGAUACAAAGAAAAUAUUAAUGAUAAAUUUAAUGGCCCUUUUAAAGGACGAAAGAUUGCUCAUACCCAUGAAAAUAAUUUUCACAAUGACAAUCAUCCAUACUAUCGAUUUGGGAAUAAAAAUUUUUAUAAACCAAGUGAUAACUUGUACCAAAAAAACCCUAAUGAAAAUAUAAAUAAAAAUGAAACCUUUCAGAAUAAAUCAGAAGAAUAUCUUUUAACAAACUAUGGUAAUAUAUCACACAAUGUUGAUGUUACAUGUGGAAAAAACUUAUACCAGUCAACUUUAAAUAAUAAAGAUGAUAGAGAACAAUAUCCUAAAAAUUAUAAAGAUGAGGUACUUAAAACUGCCCAAAGGCAGGAAGAAACUCUUGAAAAGACAAACCAAGAUUCAUUUUAUGAUGUUGAAAAAACAUAUUCCAAAAAUUAUUCAAAUGAAAGAAAUAAUUUUAAUAAAAGGUAUUAUGGUAAUAAUAGUUCAAAUGAACCAGAAUGGUUUACAGAAGGUCCUUCAACACAUUUAGAAAAAAUUGAAUUACAAGGUUUUGAGGAAAUGCCUAAUAAACCUACGAAUAUCCCUGAUAAAUCUAUAUCUAAAUUAUCUAAUCCUUUACAAAAUCUCCCAGAUAAAUCUAAGAGCGAUGAAUCAAAUUUAAACCACCCAAAAAAAUAUAAUAAUGAUCUCUAUAAGAAGGAAACAAAUGUUAAAAUUGAACAGAAUUUUGAAUUCGGAAGUCCGUUAGAAGACCAAUUAGCAAAUAAAUUCCAAUUCGAAAAAGAUACUCCUGAUUUAAAUGCCAGCGAUGAUUUGCAAAAAGACAUUAAUGCAAUGUUGGGGAUGGGUAAAAAUUUUAGCAGAUUUCAAGCUCUUUUUCAAAAAUCUGUUUCCUCCAAUGCUGAAACAGCCAAUAAGUUACAAUCUCACGACAACAUUCAACCAAUCACUAUCGAGAAAUCUAACCAAGAAAAUAAAAUUUCCGCCAGUAUAUUUAAUAAUUUGUUAAAUUUCUUGCCAAACGAUGACGCCAUCAUCAUGUCCGAUAACCAACACGAUAUGUGGAACCAAUACAAUCAGGCCUCUAGUAUAAGUUUGGGAGAUUUGAUCCCAAAUUGUUCAUCACCUCGCAACGAAAAAAAGGGUAAAGACGUUGACCUAAGGCUAUCAUUUCUGAAUACGCCGCGGUUCGAUUUAACCCCCAUUCAAAUGGAAGAAAAAAGCCUUACACCCUUUGAAAAACUGGUUUUAGCUGUCCAAAAUCAGGAAGUCAACACACAAUUGUCGGUGCGAUCACCUCAAGAUACACAAGAAAUGAUAACGGAAGAAGAUAUACUCAAAGAUUUGGAGCAAUGUAAAAUUGAUGGUGGGAAUGCGAAUAAAAAUAAUCAAUAUAAUCCUGCUUCAUACGGAUUAUUCGAUUUUAAUUUUCAGCAAGGGAUGAACGUUAAAAAGGAAGAUGACACGAGAUUCAACCUAGCACCGCCACUUUUCCUUCCUUCACACGCACCUCCACCUCUCCAUCAUCUCCAAACAUCCUUGGACCCUACGGCUGCUAUUAAAAAUGUUGUGGAUCACUUCUACUCAUGUAAUGGUGGUAACAGGUUUGCCCACCCCCCGCCACCCUCUGCUUUACCUCCGGGAUUUUUAAAUUCUGCCAACCAUGCCUACCGAGUCCGCAUGCUUGCUAUAUCGGCCGCCGCUGCAGCUAUGGCUAACCCACACCCCCUUAGCAAUCCUUUGGCAGCCUUAUUUGCUCCUCCAUCACAUCACUUGCUGGGUCCUCCUAAUCUUCUAGGACCGGGGCAAGGUAGCUUACAAGAGGACAAAGGAGAUCGACAUAAUGAUGCCGCAAAACCUAAGAAUAACCAUAAUUCAAACAAGAGUCUCAUUGAAAAAGCUUCUCCUUUUACUCCCACAGCAGUAUUUCGUCAUAUGGUAUCAAACAAUGUUUUACCCGACAAUAUAAAAUCUAAAAGAAAUGAUUUUGAUUCGAAAACUCAGCAACAAAAUCCCGCGAAUCAAUUAUCAAGCAGCGAAGAACGGCAUAAUAUUAAUAAUUUGAACAAUAUAUUCGGAUUUCCUAAUAAUAUAAUGCCCAACAAAUUUGAUCAGUCACAACCACACGAUGUGAGUGCCUUAUUCAGCAAACCAAAUUUUAACAAUGACAUGACCAAGAAUGCAUCGACGCAUAUGAUGAAUAUGAUUCAACAAAGACAAUUUGCUAUGUUAAAUAUGCUAAGAAGUAUGAACAUAGGGACGUUUUUCCCUAAUAAUAACGAAAUUCCUCAACUUUCUCCUCAACAUAUCGUGAUGCUUCAAAGUCAAUACAUGGCACUGGUCAAUCUAUUACAAAAUUCUAAUCAAUUGUCUCCUCAGCAAUAUACUCUAUUGCAAAAUUAUUUUUCCCAAUUUCAAGCUGCUAUUAUGGCGUCUGGCUUGCAAAGAUAUUUCAUAUCAAACAUACUCAAUAAUUUAAACAAAAAUGUUAACAUGAAAUUUCAACAAGCUGAUCAAAAUUUUCUUGACCCCGUGUCUGGUAUAUCUCAUAACUUCGUCAAAAGUACGUCUAAUAAUGAUAUAUCAACAAAAUCAUGAAACAAUUAUCUUAAAUAUAUAUUUUCCCCAAAAAAACAAUACAAACAUGAUUUGUAUGUUUUUUAAUAAAACGAGAAAGAUUUUACUGGCGAAUUUUUUUAAAAAAAAAUCGUAAUAGUUAAAUUUCUGCAUAAUUGUAAAUAUUUAUAGUGAAUAUUAUAUAUAUAAAUAAUAUAUAAUUGUGAAUUUUAUAUGCAAAUUUUUUUCCCCCAAUAUUUUUUUUUCAUACCCCCCCCCCUAUAUUUAAAUAAAUUUUAAUACAAUAAUAAUAUAUUUAUAUUUAAAAAAAAUUUAUGAACAUUUCAUUACCUUUUAAGAAAAUCAUUGUUUCAUUAUAUAUUUUCGUAUACGUUGCAGAAUAAUGCUUUAACACCCAUUAUUAUUAUAAUAAUUAACAGAUAAGGAGAGAUUUUUUUCCUCAUGAUAACCGAUUGAAAUAUUUAUUUGAAUAAAUUUUAGACUUCCAACACCUCUAAAAAAAGAAAAUAUCACUCCCUAAUGAAAUUUUU